GCAACGUGUCUAAUUUGUUCCUAAUAUGUCGCGGUUUUAUCUUUAGAUUUGAGUCCAAUGUAAUUAGAUAAAGGUUGUACUUGAUGAAUGCAAAUUCAAAUAAGUCGUGUCUGAAGGUUUACUUAGACUGGAGCGCAGAACUGGUCACUUGUGGAGGAUGUUAUUGCUCAACGUGUGUACGGUACAUUAAAAUGCGUGUGUGCAUAAAUCAAACAAUCCGUAAUGUGGGUUUCGCUUCUGAAGCACCGUAUUAAAACGCGCGCUUGGUGCCGGGACACUCACGCGGUCUGAGAUCGCGAGACAAACGUCGACGUGCAUACGUCAAACAGCGUGCAUGGAAGGAACAGACGCGCGAGGGUUAGCUAGCUAGCUAGUACCAAAGGUUAUCUGUGUGGGAAAAGUGCUCGUUUUCCCAUAUACGCAACAUGCGAACCUCUGCUUCAAUUUAGGUUAGCGUUUGCACUUCGGUUUAUUAUCUUCUGAAUGCUAAAUUGCUUGCUUCCACACGUUAGUUAGCAUGUAGCUAGCACGUAGGCUCACUAGUUACCUAGUCAACGCGUUACCGUAGCAACGCCAGUUAGUUCGCUGUUAGCUAGCUAGCUACUGAAAAGGAGUUUUACUGUGUCGCAUUCUGCUUUUGGAUCUGCCGAUUUUUACUUUUUUGUUGUGGCGGAAGGCUGAAGACAGCCACGACGUAGUAAGACUGCAUCCAAGUCUAAAACGUACGUAAAAAGUUAUAAAGCAGCUAACAUUGGCUAACUGAACAGUACAGGGUUAGCUGCGGUAAUAUAAGACAUCCGAUGGACUGGUACUUCGUUUUUCAACAAUAAACCUCGUAAGCUGCGACGCUUGCUUGAAUUCGUCUGCUUGCGUGAUUCUCCACUAGAUUUGGAUUUUCGUCAACGGUAAAGCUACAAAAUGAGAUUCAAAACCUCUCUGUUAAAGGAGCCCAAGCAUAGAGAACUGGUGAGCUGUGUAGGCUGGGCCUCAGCAGAUGAGCUGUUCUCUUGUAGUGAAGACCAUCAGAUAUUAAAGUGGAAUCUGCUUACACAUGAGACCAGUGUUGUGGUGAAGCUACAGGAUGACAUCUUCCCCACUGAGCUCCACUGGUUUCCCAAGGCCGCCAGUGGGAAGAAGCAAGCCAUGGCAGAGAACUUUGUACUCACCAGCACAGAUGGUAAAUUCCAUUUUAUCUCUAAGACGGGGCGCAUUGAAAAGAGUUUAGAGGCUCACCGUGGAGCUGUGCUAGCUGGCCGCUGGAACUACGAUGGAACUGCUCUCAUCACAGCUGGGGAGGAUGGUCAAAUCAAGAUCUGGUCUAAAAGUGGGAUGCUGAGGUCCACUUUGGCCCAACAAGCUUCUCCUGUGUACUCUGUGGCUUGGGGCCCAGACUCGGACAGGGUUCUCUACACACUUGGCCGGCAGCUUGUCAUCAAGCCGUUGCAGCCCGGCUCUAAAGUGUUGCAGUGGAAAGCUCAUGAUGGCAUUAUUCUGAAGGUGGACUGGAACUCGGUCAACGAUUUGAUUUUGUCUGGAGGUGAAGACUGCAAAUACAAGGUGUGGGACAGUUAUGGGCGACUGCUUUACACCUCCUCCCCCAACGACUAUCCUGUCACCUCGGUGGCCUGGUCACCUGAUGGGGAGGUGUUUGCCAUAGGAUCCUUCAACACCCUCCGACUGUGUGACAAGACUGGGUGGUCCUAUGCUCUGGAGAAACCCAGCACGGGCAGUGUGUUUAGCCUGGCCUGGUCUGCAGAUGGCACCCAGCUGGCAGGGGCCUGUGGGAAUGGGCAGGUUAUCUUCGCCCACAUUGUGGAGCAGCGUUGGGAGUGGAGGAACUUUGAGGUCACGCUCACCAAGCGCCGCACCAUGCAGGUGAGGAAUGUGCUGAACGAUGCUGUGGACAUCUUGGAGUUCAGGGACCCUGUCAUCAAAGCAUCCCUGGCUCAUGGUCACCUGGUGGUGACCACCCCUCUGCAGUGCUCCAUCUACAGCACUAAAAACUGGAAUACCCCGCUCAUUUUCGACGUGAAGGAAGGCACAGUUAGCCUGAUCCUUCAGGCAGAGAGGCACUUUCUGCUGGCGGACGGCGGAGGCAUCUACGUGUACUCGUACGAGGGGCGCCUGGUCUCCUCCCCCAAGUUUCCCGGCAUGAGGACAGACAUCCUGAACGCGCAGUCUGCCUCUCUGAGCAACGACACCAUCGCCAUACGGGGCAAGAGUGAUGAGAAAGUAGUCUAUCUGUUUGAUGCUCAAACAGGAAAAGCUCUUGGUGAUGGCAAGCCCUUAGUCCAUAAGAUGGAAGUGAUGGAAGUUGCCCUUGACCAGUGUGGGCCCUCCAGCGAGAGGAAGAUCGCUUUGAUUGACAAGAACCGUGACCUCUAUGUGUUGGCGGUGCGCAGGCUGGGCAGAGACCAGACCCUGCACAAGCUGGGCACUAUGGUUCACACCAUGGCCUGGAAUGACUCAGCCAACAUCCUGUGUGGAAUCCAAGAUGCCCAGUUCACUGUGUGGUAUUACCCCAAUGUUGUGUUUGUGGACAAGGGGUUGCUACCCAAAACACUCUUCACCAAGGAUGGCAGCGAGUUCAGUCGCGCGCCACACAUCCUGAACUACGCAGGUGGACAGGUGACGGUGCGGAGGGCCGACGGCUCGCUUGUCUACAGCCUGGUGUCACCGUACCCCACCCUGCUGCACGAGUACGCUGGCUCCGCCCGUUGGGAGGAUGCGCUCCGCCUCUGCCGCUUCGCCAAGGACAAGCCUGUGUGGCGUGUCUGGCUGGUUAUGGCGGUGGCCAAUAGGGAGCUUUCCACAGCUGAGGCAGCCUAUGCGGCCAUCGGAGAGGUGGAUAAGGUGCAGUAUAUAGUCUUCAUAAAGGAACAGCCCUCUAAGGAGUCCUCACUGGCCCAGAUGCUGCUCUUUAGUGGACAUGUGCAGGAAUGUGAAGCUACAAUGCUGCAAGCAGGCCUCAUAUACCAGGCCAUUCAGACCCACAUUAACCUCUACAACUGGGACAGAGCCCUAGAACUGGCUGUGAAGCACAAAACCCAUGUGGACACUGUCCUUGCUCACAGACAGAAGUUCCUGCAAGACUUUGGCAAAAAAGAGACCAACAAAAGAUUCCUGCAGUACUCUGAAGGGGUGGAGGUGGACUGGGACAAGAUCCAGGCCAAGAUUGAGAUGGAGGUAGCCAGAGAGCGUGAGCGAGGCACGCCCUCUUCCAUCAGGAGCAGUGUGGCCUCCCGCCGUUGAACACGCCCACCUCUCCGACUCCUCCUGGGAGCGGAACACCCAGCGGCUCAUCCGAGCCCCGCCUCCUGCUGUUGAACACGCCCACCGCUCCGCCUCCUCACAGGAACUGCAACACCCGGUGGCCUCCUGCUGUUGGAGAGGUGCUCUCAUACAUAACACCCAGUCUGACCGGGAAUAGCGGACUUCAGCGCUUCAGAGCCACACUACGCUAAAGUCACUAUGUUACAGAAAAAGUUCAACAUCAGCGCUCCACAUAUGUCUCUGGACCCUGGUAUGGGCAUGUCAGUCGCUUGCUCAAACUUAUUUGUUCAUCAGCCUUUAUUCUGAGCUUAGUUAUUUUCAUAUAAAUUUUUAUCAGUUUUGUAUACUGUUAAAAUUACAGAUGAAACAAAAGCCUUAUUUAUCAGGAGAUGUUCUGGGGAGAUGUUGAUAUGAUGUUUAAAAGCCCUUUAAUAAAUACACUUUAAAUCAA